CCUUGGCCGUGAUCCUAGCCAAGACGGGUCUAUGGUACUAGGUGAGGCCGUUUCGUCACUAAGUUGGUUAGGGGAGCGGUAUAUGAAAACAGUACGGAAGAAAGCAGAAGGGGAAUUUUUUCCUUGAAGUGUGAAAGAGACAGACUGAUCACGAGCGAGCUUGGGCAUAAGCGUAUUGUGUUUUGUUUACUAACAAAACACAGUAGACUUCCAAGAUGGCUGAAGAGUGGUUUUAGCAAGUUGGCCCACCUUAGGAUAUACUUCUACUCGCCUUGAUCCUAGCAUCAAUCAUAGCACCCGGCUGCUUCAUACACAUAUCAAUACAGAAUCGCCUUUCACGAAAAGAUUGUCAUCACGUUUUAAAGCGAGAAAUAUUGUUUUCGCAUUUGAGUAGUUGUUAUUGUAUGUAAUCUUAGAGGAUCAACAGAUUAGUUUGAACGGUGCAUUAUCAUUUGAAAAAAAGUAAUAAAUUCAAAUGAUGCCAGGAAGAUUGGGACUUCCAAUAGCACAGGAAAAUCCGCUUUGGAUUUCCUGGCAUGACUCGAAUUGGAUACCGAUACUGAACCCUACAAACGUGAUGGAUUAUUUCUCGGAGAAAUCGAAUCCCUUCUACGAUCGUACUUGUAACAACGAAAUAGUUCGUAUGCAACGCCAAAACUUGGAUCUACUGAACAAUAUGACUGGCGUGGAAUAUAUACUUUUACACGUCCAAGAUCCUAUUUUAUAUGUUAUUCGUAAGCAACAUCGACAUUCUCCAUCUGAAGCUACACCAUUGGCAGAUUACUACAUAAUUGCCGGGACAGUAUAUCAGGCACCUGAUUUAGGCAGUGUGUUCAAUUCAAGAAUACUUUCUGCGGUGCAUCAUUUGCAGAGUGCAUUCGAAGAAGCCAGUUCAUAUUCCAGAUAUCAUCCUAGUAAAGGAUAUUCCUGGGAUUUUUCGUCAAACAAAGCGAUCGCCGAGAAAAAUAAAACAGCGAAAAACAAAGAAACGCCGGUCAGAGAAGAGCCAAGUUCGUUAUUCCAACGGCAACGUGUAGACAUGCUCUUAGGAGAUCUUUUGAGAAAAUUUCCUCUUCCGGUUCCACAAACUAGUCAUCAGUUAUCUCAGAACGGAUCUAACAACACGAAUAAUGGCGGGGAAGGAAUACUGGAUCACGGGGCAGAUGCUAUCAAUAUAAAACAAGAGCCCAGUGAGCAUGGCUCUAAUAACACAAGCGAAAUGCAGAUAAAAGGUCGAAGUGACAUGAAACCUCCACCAGAGAAAAAAAUAAAAAUAUAAUAUAUGGUAUCAAACAGUAUUACCUUGAAUCUAAUAUAAUCCUUAGUGGAAUAUUUCUUCAACACCCUUCUGAUCUGCAUGUUGCUAGAGACUAUACUGAUUUAUCAACUUGUCUGAACAACAUUGUCAACGCGAGAAAAUUAAAUCACAACGUAUUUUUAGUGAUUGACUGCCGAAUAACAAUGUUGGAUGCAGGCCAAAGUUUGUACAGACAGAAACAGCUGUUCAGCGUGAUAUGAGCAUCAUUCUUUGCGUGUAUGAUUCAAUUGUAAACAAAACAAGAAGCAAACAAACAAAAUCUUUCGUGAAGAAAAACAAGCCAGAUUUCGGGUAGUAUCCAACGAGACUGUUUUAAUGCUACAUUUUUAAAACAUAAACCUUUUUUCUGUGUUCAUGAAGGAUAUAUGCUAUAUAGAAUAAAUUAUUACUCUGAAUAAGUAUGAAGAAAAUCCUGUUUUCCACAAAUGGACGUUGCUACAUCAUAAAAUACAUGCUGAUUGAAAAAUCAAAUACACAGGAGAAUUACAGAAGAUAGAUUGUUUGUAUUAAUAAAUGUAAUAAUGUAUUAAUUUAUAUUGUAUUAAUAAAUGUAAUAACUUUCAUAAUUGAAAGGAAGUCGGUAAAUCAUACUAUGUUAGUGUGACGUGACAACGUUUUAACUAAUAGAAAGAAUACAAUCGCGCGACGAUUGCGUCACUGAUUUUUAUUAGUUGGAUAAUUAAAAUUUGUCAAGAGAUGUCGCUAGUGAGAAUGGAUAUGUUAUUUGCGAACGGUUCAAAAGAAACUGUGCAACUGUAUAAAGAAGCAUAUCAGCCACUUUUAGUGUUUAUCAGCUAAUGAAAUAUUUGUCCACUGUUAUUCGAUAGAUUGAUCGCCCCAAAAGAAUAGAUUAGUUGUUUCAAUAAUAAAAAAUAUGUACUGUAAUUAUUUUUAACAUUAAAAAAUGAUUGCUUUCGUUAAGAGUAAUCUAUCAUACAUUUAAAAAUCAUAAGUGCAUCGUGCAGUUCAUAACACAACGAAUAUGUGCAAAAUUUAGAAGAAAAAUUACAACGUUGAAUUGUUUUAGAUAAUAUAUACAGUCGACCGCAAAAUUGAGUGUACAAAUGCUACUUGACGAUACUUUCAACUUAUUUGGUAUAAAAUAUUUUGAAUACAUUGAUUCUUUCGAUGUAUAUUAUAGCGAAUUCGUUUUUAAAACUGGGUCAGUGCUAAACUGAAUCUGUAAUAAAAAAAAGACGGGUGGGUAAUGUCGGGGACAUAACCGGAGUGACGUAGGACUAUACAAAGGGGACAGCUUUUGUUAAAUAUAUAUUUUAAAUGUAUUGUUUUAUUUUCUUCUCCUACGUGAAUACCUACCUAUCUACCUGAAAAAUGGAUUAGUUUACUGUUUACUCUUUAUGAAUAUGUUGAUGGUUAUGAGAAGAACCUUUGGUGUUGUGUUUUUGUUAUCACUCGAUAUUCCCAUCUUGUUCGGUUAAACCUUCCUGUUUAGCUAUUGCGUUUGCCACUCGCCACAUCUUUCACAGUUCGAAAAUUUCUUCCCAUCCAGCUUGUGACAUGUUGUUCAGUAAAUUACAUUUAAUGCGACGUGCCGGAGAAACACUUUGCCACUCAUUGAAACUAAUUGUUGCCUUGAUGAGCGCCGAACCGAAGCUGCUCUGUUCUUGAUGCGGGUUUUCUGAUUGUCGUGAGCAGCUUUGCAAGCCAACUCGAGCACUCCGACGGCCGAGACUCUAUAAUCGCUGUUAGGUAUACUGGUGCUCCGGCACCAAUCCGUUCGGCCUAGUUACCCUUGCGGAGCAAUCAGUGAAUGCGAUCAACAGGGAACUGGAGACCUGCACGGUUCGAGUGAGACUUUGUCUUUCCCUUAACUUGUCCUCCUUUGUUACGUCCACGAUGCCGAUGCCGUACAACCACACGGGUUUACGGUUUGAAAGAAAAUAAGAUAUUUUUUUGGGGUCCGCGUGUUUUAUACUCGAGCGGUACACACUCACA